CCGAAUCACCCAUGAACCUCAAUAGACUUAUAUUAGGUAUUCUGAACCUAUUGCCAUAGAUAUAUCUUGCUUGACGAAUAUACCUCCUCGACAUACAUACUCGACUAUUCUGUCUCCAAUUAAGUAAACUCGAUGUAACGUAUCCUUCAUUGCUUUCCAACUGACGUCAGAGACGUAUUACCGAGUACAAAGAGUACCUAGAAUCAUCGAGUCAAACAGACAAUUGAAGUAAUUGCCGACUCAAAAAAUUUCGUCUUUCCCACCUGGGUAGAAUAAACAAGCCACGCCCGUUCUGAUAAUAUAAGCACUACGCACUCCCAAAUGAAGUUACCCUUAAGUAACCUCUGGAACCGGCAACGUCCUCAUGACUAUCUACCUGUCGAAGAAUCCGAAGAGAAUGAGAACCCUACUGCGGCAAGGAUAGGCCCAGUGGAUAAAAUAGUGCAAUCGGACCCGAAAAGGCAACGUUGGCAAAGCUAUCUCACAUGCGGUAGCAUUUGGGGGUUGGUCAUAUUGGCUUCUUUCUUACUCAUAAGCCUACUCCUCUCUAUCGCUAGGAGUCUAUGGGGUCUGGAAGAUGACCCAGAUAAAAUUUUCGCGAACUGGGGCAAGCCGGGUACGGGGACAGAAGGAUUGGCCUGGUAUCCUACAGAUUUUCUCCGCGAUGUUGUUCCGAUUCGAUGUCACUCGCAUAACGACUACUGGCGCAAGGUGCCUCUCUUCUCGGCCCUACACGCUGGCUGUAUCGGGGUCGAAGCAGAUGUUUGGCUUCUUGAUGACGAUCCGGAACUCUACGUUGGGCAUGAUGAAGCAGCUUUAACUCCAAAUCGCACCUUUACGUCCCUCUACAUAAAUCCUCUAGUGGACCUACUCAAUCGCACGAACCCACAAACACAAUUCUAUAACGAGACACGUCGGGGUGUUUUCGAUUACGACCCGGAACAGACAGUAAUUCUUCUUGUGGACUUGAAGACUGACGGGGCUAAAACUUGGCCACAUGUAUUAGCACAGCUCGAACCCUUGAGGUCGAGAGGCUGGCUAACUUCCUUUGACAAUGGGGUUGUCCAUCAGCGCCAAGUAACCGUUGUUGGGACAGGAAAUACACCGUUAGACCUACUCGCAAAAAAUGCGACGUAUAGAGAUGCAUUCUUCGAUGCCCCCCUAACAGAUAUGUGGGAGGACCCGGAUGCCUCGGACACGAAGUCUACCGAAGUUCCUAUCUACAAUGACUCUAAUUCGUUUUAUGCGAGCACGAGCUUUGCAGAUACUAUAGGGAUCGUCCUAGGUGGUUUCAGUGAAAAACAACUUCGUACGAUCCGCGGCCAGAUUAAGGGUGCUCAUCGCAGGGGACUAAAGGUUCGAUACUGGGAUACGCCUAGCUGGCCAGUUGGUAUCAGAAACAAAGUCUGGCGCACAUUGAUGGAAGAGGGCGCAGACAUCCUGAAUGUGGAUGAUUUGAGGGGAGCUUCGAAAUUAAACUGGUAAUUGGGUCUUGUUAUAGAGAAGAAGGAUCAAUACCUCCAACGCGUUCGUACCUAAGUAGUCUUAAGACAAAUGAGAGAUGAAGCUAGUAGUAUUAAAACUCUAUAAUGGCCCCACUCUACAGGGUAGUAGAGCUAUCGGUGACCCCACCCCCGCUAUUACAAUG